CGCCGCUCCCGGCGGCCCCCGCGCCGCCAUCUUGGGCCCCUCCCCGCGGGCGGGAGCAAGAUGGCGGCGGAGCGGAUCUUCGACCGGGCGGUGUCGGUGCGAGUGCGGGGCUGCGGCUGCGAGGAGCGGAGAUUAAGUGUUCGUGUGAAUAUUGAACUACUGUCAAUUUCUAAUCCUGUUCAUAAAAAGGACUUAGCUGUUCGAUUGACUGAUGAUACUGAUCCUUUUUUCCUUUAUAACCUUGUCAUAUCAGAGGAAGAUUUUCAAAGUUUGAAAUCCCAGCAAGGUCUCUUGGUGGACUUCUCUGCUUUCCCGCAAAAAUUUAUAGAUCUGCUUCAGCAAUGCAUUCAGGAGCAGAACAAGGAUAUCCCAAGGUUUUUGCUGCAGUUAGUUUCUUCAGCACCUGCUCUAGAUCACACACCUGUCUCUUUAAAUGUAGUGGAGACCAACCCUUUCAAACACCUCACCCAUCUCUCUCUAAAAUUCCUGCCAGGAACUGAUGCAGAAAUAAAGAAGUUUUUAGCCAACUGUUUGAAAUGCCUUAAGGAGGAUAAAAUGAUGUUGGAAGAAAAGCUUAAAAGAACUGAAGAGGAUCUUACCAGGCAACUGAGCUACACUCAACAGAGCUUGUCAGAGAAGAGCCGGGAACUUGACAAACUGAAAAAUGAAUGGACAUCCUACACUACAGCUCUGAGCAACAAACACUCACAGGAGCUGACAAGUGAGAAGGAAAGAGCUCUUCAGGCACAAACUCAGUACCAACAACAGCAUGAACAACAGAAAAAGGAAUUGGAAAAUUUGCAUCAGAAAAGUAUUCAGCAGUUGCAGAACAGGCUCUCAGAACUCGAGGUCAUCAAUAAAGACCUAACAGAGAGGAGAUACAAAGGAGACUCCACAGUCAGAGAACUGAAAGCAAAGCUUUCUGGAUUAGAAGAUGAAUGUCAAAGAGCAAAGCAGGAGGUGCUGUCCCUGCGCCGGGAGAACACAACUCUGGAUGCUGAGUGUCAUGAAAAAGAGAAACUCAUUAAUCAGCUGCAGACACGAGUUGCUGUCUUGGAACAAGAGAUCAAAGACAAAGAUCAGCUCGUCACCAGAACAAAAGAAGUCUUAGAUGCGACACAGGAGCAAAAGGUGAUACUGGAAGAGACUACAGAGGAAAAACAAAGGCAUAUUGAAAAACUAGAAACAACAAUUAAAUCGCUGUCAGCUGAACUCCUUAAGGCAAAUGAAAUUAUCAAGAAGCUACAAGGAGAUUUGAAAACUCUAAUGAGUAAAUUAAAAUUGAAAAAUACAGUAACAAUUCAGCAAGAAAAACUAUUGGCAGAAAAAGAAGAGAAGCUUCAAAAAGAGCAGAGGGAAUCACAGGAGAUGGGACAAUCCCUUCGCAUGAAAGAGCAGGAGGUUUGCAAGCUACAAGAGCAGCUGGAAAGUACAAUACAAAAACUCGAAGAAAGUAAGCAGUUACUGCAAACCAAUGAAAAUGUUAUCACGUGGCUGAACAGACAGCUGAGUGAAGUUCAGAUGGCAAAGAAGCUGGAGAGUCCUGCCAGUGCCCAUGCUGGGGGCAGGGCUGCUGUUUCACCUCUCAGCAUGCCUGACCGACCAUCCUUUCAUAGCUCAGGAAUCAGUCAUCCCAUUUCUCCUCUCUAUGCCUUCCAGAACUUUCUGGAACCGAUACACAGCAAAAAUGGAAAUUCCCAAUGUCCAGUAUCAAAGGUUCAGUUGAACUCCCAGCUUUUGAAAGCCAGUCGGUGUUUGGAUGCUCACACAGUGCCUGCAGCUGGUCACACAGCCAACAAGGAGAAUGGUGAGCAGCUGGGGCUGGAAUCAAAGUAUUUCAAGAAAAAAGAUGACAGCAUUCCUUUACGAGGGCUUAGUCAAAACACACUGAACUCGGAGUACCUGAGACCAUACUUGCCAGCCAAAGCACAGCCACAGCCAAAAGCUGCUGGAACACCAGCCUCGGCCUAUUUUCCUGGAUCAUAGACAGGAUUAUUUACUUUUUCUGUGGCUCAGUGCUGUGCCCAUGUCGCCUGCAGAGGAGCUGCUGUCACAGGAGUGUGGCAGCACCUCCUAGGCCACUGCAGUCCAAGGUCCCACCCGUGCCGUGGGCCUGGCAGCCCUGGGCAGGCAGGCUGUGUGGCACUGACUCGUUCCUUGCAGCCUGGCUCUCUGGUCGUGCUGUUCCACGGGUCCCAGGACAGCAGGAGCAGCUGCAGGCAGCCUGUGCUGCUGGCCAGCCGGGACCCUUCCCCUGUGCUCAGGGCUGCUUUAGCUAAUGCACAAAGCUCCAGGCUGCAUCACUACUCCAGAUGCCUUUUUCCACCUGCUGAAGUGUAACACACAUGCAACUACUGAACUUCACUUAAGGUUUAAAGAGACAUUCACAAUUAUUUAAAAAUUCAUUAAAAUAUUCAACUUUAUUAACAGUAUAUUUACAUUUUUUUUCCUGCUCUUGGUCAACCAUGGUGAAUGUUCAAAGGUAAAAAAGCAUUAAGCAAUAACCACAAGAUGAAAACAUUUUAAACCUAUACAAUACUUUAUACACAAAUUUAUACAAAGGAACACUUAAAUAAUACAACUGGACACAAAAAUAUACACUUUUAGAGAAAUUCACAUCAGUAAUUGUAUAAAGCUCUCUUCUGUACUAAGGGUCCUGAAAAUUUAGGACUAAAACUUUAGUUCUGUAAUGCAAAAGGGUUCUUGUGACAGUCCUCAAAGGCCACUAUAUAGCACACGACAGAUUCAAGGCUAUCAGCUUAUAGAGUUCAGUCUGUAUUCAAGUUUUGAGGUCCUUUAUGAUUACGCAAACAUCAGAAAUAGAGUGGUUUAAUAAAUGGUACAGAGGAAAGCAGAGGUUUAGAGCCAGUAUUAAAAUUUGUAGGCCCAAAACACCCACUUUGUAUUUCAACAAGUGUUUGAUACGACCAUUUCUUUAAAAAUAGAAAGAGUAAAUGCACUUACAUAAAAAUAACUUUUACUGUUCAGCAAGCGUGCUCGAGUGAUUUUUAUAUUAGUACAAACUUAAAAAAAAUCUGCCAUGUGACUUUUAAAAGAAAUGAUACCAAUUCACCUCCCUACUUAAGUACAUUUACAUUAAGGCUUUGAAUCAGCUGACCCAAGAUUUUACAACGUUAAAACAAAUGGG